AUGCAGAAGCUCUUUCCGAUAUCUUGCCCUCUGUCCGCGAUGCGCGAGCGCCCUCCGCAGUCGCCGCCGCGCGAUACGCUGCGCCCACGUUCGCCCCCGGAUGGUGUGGCUUUGGAACGCGCGGGUGUGCGCCGCAAGUACCGUCCUGUCCGCUCCGCACGAAGGCGUCCAACUGACCCGGAGAGACGGCAUCAUCAUGCACCCCUCACGACGGCGUGUACGCAUGGUACCGUGGUGCCCGCACGUUCUCGCAUCGCCAGCGCCUCGGCCCGCGCAAUGGGGACCCUCGGGGAUGGUCAGGACGCUGGGGAACUCGAUGAUCCGCCGACUGUGACUGUGUUCGUUCGCGAGCUGGACCUCCCGGGAGGAUCGCGGGACUCGAGCGUCACCCUCGUUCUGGAGUCGGAAAUCCCGCCUCGACGUCGUUUGCAGUCGACCGCGCGCCGAAUCGCGCUCCCGAGGCCGUCUGACACAGCCCGGCCGCGUUCCCGACGGUGUUCGCGCCCUCAGACUCCCGGUGCGCCCUCAGAAUCCCGGUGCGCCCUCGACAGCCGCCAGCCCGCGUCGCGUGUUCCGCGCGAGCACAAGGCGCGUGGGAGUCCCGCCGAGGUCGUCGCCGAGGGGGAAGCGGCAUGGAUUGAUGCGUAG